GGCGGGCUCAAGGGCGUGGCCAGGAGCAUGCCCACGUCCGCUGCUCUGGAUGUCGUGGCCAAGGAGCUUGGUCUCAAGUUCUUUGAGGUGCCGACCGGGUGGAAGUUCUUUGGCAACCUCAUGGAUGCGGGCAUGUGCUCUGUGUGCGGUGAAGAGAGCUUUGGCACAGGGUCGGACCACAUCAGGGAGAAGGACGGCAUGUGGGCUAUUCUGGCCUGGCUCUCCAUCCUGGCCAACAGGAACAGUGGCAGCAGUGAGGGGCAGCUGGUGACGGUGGAGGAGAUUGUGAGACAGCACUGGGCCAAGUAUGGCCGGCACUUCUACACCCGAUACGACUAUGAGGGAGUGGAUGCAGAGGGUGCAAAGAAGCUCAUGGCUAAUCUUGUCGCCAACCAAGCAGACAUCCCUGCACUCAACACGGCUGUGAAGGCAGCGAACAGCGCAGCAGCGGACGUGGUGAGGGGGGACGAGUUUGAGUACAAGGACCCCGUGGAUGGUUCCGUGUCCAGCCACCAGGGGAUCCGGUUCUUCUUCGCUGAUGGCUCCAGACUGAUCUUCCGCCUGUCGGGCACGGGGUCAGUGGGGGCGACCAUCCGUGUGUACAUUGAGCAAUACGUGGCCGAUAGCUCCAAGAUUGAUGGCAAUCCGGCUGAUGUGCUUGCUCCCCUGGUUGAUGUGGCUAUCAAGGAGCGGCAUGUUCUCUUUGGCCUUCUCCUCAGCGCCUCGUACAAGUUAUGGCGAGCCAACACAGCCGAAGCAGCGUUUUCUUCCAUCAUGUUCAACACAAAGAUGAUUCUCGUCGCUCUCUUAUGGGCUGUGGAUCCCCGCAUAUGUGUCUGGUACCUCCUUGCAUUUACGAUGAUCUUUCUUCUUUGCCCCCAGCGGUCACCAGCAACCCCAUCAGCAUCCGAUGCCUUUCUUGAGAUGAUCCCGCGCCAGCUGGAGCUAGUAGCGCCAGUGGAAACUGCCACGCCAGCAUCCAACGUGCCAUGCCUGGUCAUGUUCUAUGCCAGCUGGUCUCCCCCCUGCCAUCAGCACAUGUCUCUCUUUGUUGACAUUGCCAACCAGUAUGGCCAAGGACCCCACAUUCACUUUGGCCGCUUGGAUGUCUCUCGAUUCCCUGACGUGGCCGAAAGAUUCUCCAUCGAUACCAGCAUGUUCUCCUCUCACCUUCCAACCCUCAUUCUCUUCCACAAUGGCACCGAAGUCAGCCGCCUUCCACCGCUCACCACCGCCUCCAGCACCAGCAGCAACAGGUUCAUACCCCGAGCCACGCCUUUCCUUUCCCCGUCUUCUCUGGCACCUGGGCUCUACACACCUCCCCGGCUCACGAGAAGCAUGAUAGUGGGUGCGUUUCAGCUGGACUUGUGGAGAAUGAAGGGUGCUUUAGCGACAUGCAAGGCAGAGAAGCAGCAGAAGGGGAGGAAGGAGGGCCAGGCAGAGGGGCAGCAGAAGGGGGAGAAGGAGCAGGAGCAGGAGGAGAAGAAAGAGAGUCAUCUCGUUACAAUGGCGGACCCGCCGCCGCCCACCGCGCGACGCCUGGACCUAGACCUCCUAGCUGCUGCUGCGCCACGUGGACCUCCACACGCGGACGGGUCUGCAGCGCACGUGGCGGCGCAAGAUGCGGAGAUGGGGGAAGCUAUGAUGGUGGUAUCAGCUGCGCCCGCUGCUCCCGCGGAUGGGGUGUCCGCGGCGGUGCGGAACGCGGAGAUCCGGCGGGGAAUCGCGGCGAUCAAGGCGGAGAGCCAGCGCCAGCGGACAGCUGUCGUUCAAGAUGUUCUGGCAGAGAAUCGGAAAAAACUGCUGGCUAUCAAAGCGAAACACAUGGCUGCUGCUAGUGCUGCUGCUGGGGGUGUUCCCUGGCCACGUCAGCACGAUCAUUGUCAGCAGCAGGUAAACGGAGAAGCUGCCUCGAGUUCAGCUAGACGCGCAGGCUCGGGAGCAGGUUCGGGGAUGGCAGGUUCGGGUCUGGCGGUCCUGGGAGUUGCUGGUUCGGGCAUGGCAGGUCCGGGAGCGGGAGGCUGGGGUGCAAUCUCAACAGUACUGAAAGCGAAUGGAAUGACAGGGGAACGAGCAGGGGGAGAAAGAGCAUGGGGCGCGGUAGCAGCAGGAGCAGGAGCAGGGGCAGGGGCAGGAGCAGGGGGGAAUGCAGGGGGGAGUGGAGUGGGGAGUGGAGGGGGGAUCACGGGAGGGGUUGCAGGAGGGAAGGGUGGUGGUGGUGGUGAGAUGGUGGCAGCUCCUCGCACCAAUCCCAUCAAGAUGGCAGCCGUGCAGAACGUUCCUAGCUUCACCACCUGGAUCUUCCUUGCCAAGAACGAGCAGAUCCCAGACGAACAGUCACUAGUGGGGAGGAGGCGGUUAUACUACGAUGCAGAGAAGGAGGAGACGACAGUGUGCAGCGAGUCGGAGGACGAGGGCCAGCCCAGCAGCAGCCAACUCAAAGACUUUAGUGCCGUGCAGGACGCUCUCAUAUGGAGGACCAUCCAGCAGCACGGCGAUUCUGGGAUUGUGAUUGAGCAUCUCGCUUCAUCCUUGAAUGCCCAGGCAGAGCAGGUUCACAUGCGUCACACGGAGCUGAAGGCACAGUACCAGGAGAUUCAGGCGUUUCUAGAGAAGGAGAAGAAUCAGGAUGGGGUUUCUGAGGAGGAGAAAAGAGAAAGUGAGCGUGAAAUGGUGCAGGAGGCGGCAGAACCACGAGGGGCACCAGGUGAAUCGGCAGCAGGAGGGACAGCAGGAGGGGCAACAACAGCAGGAGUUCAAACAGCAGAGGCACGCGCAGCAGAAGCGCGAGCAGCAGAGGCACACGUGGGAGCAGCAGAGGCAGGAACAGAGGCAGGAACAGAUGCAGCAGAGGCAGGAACAGAGGCAGGAACAGAUGCAGCAGAGGCAGGAACAGAGGCAGGAACAGAUGCACAAGAGGCAGGAACAGAUGCAGGAGGGGCAGCUGUGGCAGAAGCAGCAGCUGCGGAUGCAGCAGCAGGAGAAGUGUCAGCAGCAAGAAGAGGAGCAGCAGAAACGGCAGGAGCAGGAGCAGGAGCAGCAGGAACAGAAACAGCACUUGAUUGUGAGAGUAACAGCGUGGGCAUGGAGGUGAUUUGGAGGAGUCUCAGGACCGUGCAGUUCCCUCUGGCAACCCCCCCUCAUGCCACCUGCUGGUGGCAGCAGGGACACAUACACAGUGAUGCGCUACGGCAGGAGCAGGGUUUUGAGUUGACUCAAAACACGGCACACGUACACAGUGAUGCGCUACGGCAGGAGCAGGAGCAGCAGGGAGAGGCUCUAGAGCAGCAGCAGUCAAUGCGACAGCAGCAGCUAACACAGCAGCAACAGUUGUCCCUGCAGCAACAGUUGCCACAGCAGCAGGGCACACAGCAGCAGGAGUCAACUGCAGGGGAGGCACGUCCAAGAGGAGAGGAGCAGCAGGUCGGCGAUCCUAUGCCAGUGGAAGGGAGAGAGGAAUUGAGUCGAAUGCAAGUGGACGGGGAAAAGGGUGCUUGUCCUAUGCAAGUGGAUAGGGGCGAGCGAAGAACUGCGGAUGAGAAAGGAAGACCAGUGUUGCUGGCAGCAGUUGAACGGCUGUCGAUCUCAACAACAAAUACACCGGCUGAAGAAGCAGCAGCAGCAGCAGCAGCAGCAGCAGCAGGUGCAGCAGCAGCAGUAGGAGAAGAAGCAGCAGCAGCCGCAACAGGAGCCCCUGAUGCUGAUGCCACUGCUGGUGCUGUCCCUGAUGCUGAUGCCACUGCUGGUGUUUCCACUGAUGCGGCUGAUACAUCUGGUGCUGCCGCUAGUGUUACAACUGGCUCAGGCCAAGACACAAACAUGAGUGGUCCGGGAUCUUCCGCUCCUCGCACUUCUCACACUGGCACUUGUGCUGCAAUCUCUGCUGCAAAUCUUGUUCCUGAUUCCACUGUUGCCGAUCCUAGUCUGAGUGAAACGACUGGUUCAGGCUCAGGUGGAGUGUGUGAGAGCACGAGGCAGGUGCUGCUGGGGCAGUUUGAGGACUUGGAGGGAGCCAUGGACUCGUGGGACCACCUCUUCUGCCGCAGAUGCCUCAUCUUUGAUUGCAAGACACAUGGAACCGUCGACGAGCCAGUGGUGCCUUCGGAUCAGCAACCCCCUGUGGAAUCUACUGACGUUGGCAAGUCACCCAUGCCUGCUGGGCCUUGCGGCCCCUUGUGCUUCAUGCAUGUUCCUGCUCUUGUGGCACUGAAGCUUACUCGAGUGCAAGCAGCAGAGAAGAAAGCAGCAAAAACCAAGGCAAAAGGCAAGAAAAAGGGGAAGCAGAUUGUUGGUUUGGUGAAAUUGGAGGAUGAGGAGGAGGAAGCAGAGGAAUUGGAGGAAGAGGAGGAGGAGGAGGUUGAAUUAUUGGACAGUGUUGCUGGGGAGGAGAGUGCGGAGGAGGAGGAGGAGGAGGAGGAGGAGGAGGAGGAGGAGGAGGAGGAGGAGGAGGAGGAGGAGGAGGAGGAGGAGGAGGAGGAGGAGGAGGAGGAGGAGGAGGAGGAGGGAGGGGAGGAGAAUGCGGAAGAAGAAGAGGAGACAAUGGAGGAGGAGGAGGGUGAAGAGGUGGAGGAGGGAGGCAAGGAGAUUAGCUCGGAAGAGGAGGGUGAUGCUAGUGAUGGGGAGGCUUGUACGGGGGAUGAGGCGGAAGGAGGUGAUGUAAGGAUGACUGCUGAUGUGGAAGGUGAUGGGGAUAGGGGCUGUGAGCGGGAAAAUGGAGAGGAGAAAGAGGCAAUAGAAGGCAAAGAGCGGGUGAGUAAUCUGGAAGAAGGGGAGGAUGUGAAGGAGGGAAGAGAAGUGAUGGAAGAAGAGGAAGGGAGGGAAGGGAUGGAAGGGACGCAAGGAAAGGAAGGGAUGGAAGAGGAGGAAGGGAGGGAAGGGAUGGAAGGGACGCAAGGAAAGGACGGGAGAAGCAAGGAGAAGCAGCAGCAGCAGCAGCAGCAGCAGCAGCAGCAGCAGCAGCAGCAGCAGCAGCAGCAGCAGCAGGAGCAGCGGGAGCAGCAGGAGGAGCAGGAGAAGGAGCAGCAUUGCGAUCAGCAGGAGUGGACUGCGUUGGAGAGGGAAUUACUGAGCAAGGGCGUGCGGAUAUUCGGUGCGAACAGCUGUGUGCUGGCACGCACAGUGCUGUCUCACCUCAAGACGUGCUCCCAGAUCGCACACUGCUUGUUGGGGCAGGAGGGGGGCGACAUGCAUGAAGAGACACCCACCCCGACGGGUCGCCAUCGCCGCCGCACGGCCAAGGCAAGGCGGAGGCUGGUGCAGGCACAGUGGGGGUACAACAAGGGGCGCCGGAAGGGAGGAGCAGGGCAACCCGUGGUGGUGCAAAGGCUCAAGGCAGAGGCCUCGAAAGAGCGUCAGUACGAGCCAUGCAGCUGCAAAGGGCCAUGCGCCAAGGCCACAUGUGAAUGCAUCAUGAGGGGUUGCUUCUGCGAGAAAUACUGCGGCUGUGCCCAGGCGUGCAAGAACCGAUUCAGGGGCUGCAACUGUGCCAAGAGCCACUGCUCCUCGCGCCUCUGCCCCUGCUUUGCUGCAUCCAGGGAGUGUGACCCUGACCUCUGCCGCAACUGCUGGGUUGACUGUGGGGAUAACCGCCAAGGGGCUGUGCUGCCACUGCCACCGCCUGUGAGGGAGAAAAACUACGACUGCCACAACAUGCGCUUGCUGCUGCGCCAGCACCAGCACAUUCUACUAGCCCCCUCGGACGUGGCUGGCUGGGGUGCCUUUCUCAAGAAGGAGGUGGCGAAGAACGACUACGUGGGGGAGUACACAGGCGAGCUCAUAUCAGAGGCGGAGGCAGAGAGGAGGGGCAAGAUAUACGACCGCAUCAAUUGCUCCUUCCUGUUCGAUCUCAACAAAAAGGUCCGUCGAUUGAUGUGCUCUGAGAAUCUAUUGGUGAAACCAUAA